GUGGUUGUUGCGAGUAAAAACGUUCAACAAAACCGGUCGUCGAAAUGACAGGGCCGAUCGUGUUAUGAGUUUGCGCCGUAGAUCUAGUUUUGCAGCAGUCUUCGAAGAUCGCGAUCGACGGAAGGGUCGUAUAUCGUCUCAGUGUCCAUGAUGGUAUUGGACCCCAAGGUCACGAGUCUACAUAGCGAUUACGGAAGUUUCGAUCGACCAUUGGGAGGUGGGGAGGGUCACGAGAGGGACGUGGAGGCGGCGGUUGAUGGGAGUAGCAGCGGAAUGGCACAAUCGAGUGAUAUUUAUCAAAGGCAACCUCUCUUACCUGGUGCACCAACUAAGAGUAAGGAUAAGUGGUCCGGGGUGGCUUCCGGUUCGGAUUAUUACGAGGACGACGAAGAGGAGAAAAUCGACGGUCUUGGACGUCAUCCAGGAAUAACGAAUGGACCAGGAAGCGGCGUCAUUAAAAUCGACAUACCGGCGCCGCUUCGCGAGGAACCACGAUUUCCCAAAGAAAAAUGGAAAACUUUUAUUGCUUUCCUGUUCAUGGUCGUGAACUUCAUACUGACCACGGCCUCACUUGCGAUGGUGCACGAACGUGUUCCAGAUCGUAAUAUCUAUGGCCCGUUACCAGACAUUGUACUGGAUAAUAUUACUGCCCAAGAUUGGACUCUCAAUGUUUCGGAAGUUCUCAUUAUGAUAAUGUCCAACUCGGCAAUGGUUUUCAUUAUUUUUCACAAACACAGAUUUAUCGUCAUCAGACGGAUAUUCCUUUUAAUGGGUCUGCUGUACAUGAUGAGGAGUAUCACGAUGUAUGUGACCGUUUUGCCGGUCGCAAGUAAAACAUAUUUCUGUAGUCCAAAGGCAAACAACACAAGUCCUCUUCUGGUUACGAAAAGAGUACUGCAACUUAUCUCUGGUUUCGGUUUGUCGAUUAAUGGCAAACACACUUAUUGUGGAGAUUACAUUUACAGCGGUCACACGGUUGUACUUGUACUUAGUUACCUGAUUAUUAAGGAGUAUUCCCCUAGAAGAUGUCAACCGAUUCAUUGGUUGGGAGGUCUUACGGUCUUUGUUGGUAUAAUAAUGGUAUUGGUAGCUCAUGGACAUUAUACGGUUGAUGUCCUUAUAGCAUAUUAUUUAACUACACGUUUAUGGUACAUAUACCAUACGUUAGCAAAUAAUCCUUAUUUGAAGCAAAACGGACCAAAUAAUUUUCUGGCCCGGCUCUGGUGGUAUCCUAUUUUCAAAUAUUUUGAGAAAAAUGUGGGUGGUACAGUGCCACGACAAUACAAUUGGCCUUUACCUUGGCCUCGAAGAUUUCUUGCCAAGCAUCCUAACCGAGACAGUUAAUAUCUGCCCAGGCUCCAAGUUAGAGACUGAUAAGUAACGAAAUCCUUCCUGAUUCUAUAUGUAUAUGUGUAUACAUAUGUGCGUGUGCGUGUGCGUGCGCGUGCGUAUGUGUGUGUAUAUAUAUAUGCACACACAUAUACACAGUUAUACAUAUACAUAUACAUAUACGUUUGCACCUAAGCUUAUUCGUAUGAAAAUAACGCUUGGGUGAAAGGGAAGUGUCCAUGAUAUGCGAAUUUUUGAGAAUUACGCCCUUGCAUUGUGCAUUUUAAAGGGUUUGCACAAAAGUUUGCAUCAACGUUCAAUUUGUUAUACCGCGUGUGCGGGCCAAAACUAUCGGGCGUAUAUAACUUGCAGUUUACUCAAUCGCGUCGCAAUUCACGCUUUACCUGAUUUUCAUGAAAAACUAGCGUAUAUCCUAUGUAAAGAAGAAUUAUAAUAGCUUAUCUAUACGAUGCUUUGCGCGAAGUUUUAGAAAUGAUUAGUACGAUUGGGAGGGAGGGAUUCCGGGGGGGGUGGGAGGGGCAACAGAAGAUAUUUCGUUGAUAAUAUAAUUGAACAGAUCUGAACGCACACACCGAUAUUUAUAUAUACAUAUAUAUGUUUUAUUUGAAACACACACAUACACACACACACACAUAUACACGAGAACGAAGUAUAUUUUGAUUUAUGUAAAAUUAAAACUCGAUUUUUCCAACUAGAAUUUUUUCGGUUAUCUCUUCCUUUUUUUUCUUUCUUUUUUUUUUCUAAAUCCUUUUCUUCGUUUUUUCUAACAAUACAAAACCUUCCUCCAAUCGAAUUACUCUCUUAUUAUAUCUCUUGAUCAUUAUACUUCCAAUAUGCAACCUGCCGUACGACUUAUUCCGGCGAAAAACGAUCCAGCAAUGAAUAUAUCGAUAUAUAUAUAUGUAUGUAUGUAUGUAUGUAUGUAUGUAUGUAUGUAUGUAUGUAUGUAUGUAUGUAUGUAUGUAUGUAUGUAUGUAUGUAUGUAUGUAUGUAUGUAUGUAUGUAUGUAUGUAUGUAUGUAUGUAUGUAUGUAUGUAUGUAUGUAUGUAUGUAUGUAUGUAUGUAUGUAUGUAUGUAUGUUACACACGUACACGUACAACUAAAUCCUUUCAAAUUUAUUUAACGAAUAUUCCUCGAAAUUGGUUUUCCACGGACAGCCUUGAAAGGAGAUAGAUAUAACAAAAGAAAAAAAUAAGAAAAGAAAAACAAAUAAAAUAAAAGAAAAAUAGACAGAAAGAGAGAAAGAAAAGAUAGCUCCCUACCCUGUAGUAGAGGCGAUCGUGCAAUUUCGUGGGACCAAAGAAGAAUGUUUUAAAGAGUAAUGUGUUAGUUCCGUACUAUAUCGAAAGAUAAUACAAAGUAUAUAUACUUUAUUAAGUAAUAGGAAAAAAAAAUAAAUCAAUCAAUCAAUCAAUGAAUAUUUAAUGUUAUACGUAUGAUAUACAAUAAUAAAAAAAAAAUAUUUAAUAUCUUUUUCAAUUAGUACAAUUCGAAGAAAAUAUUGCCAAAUCAUUUUCUAUGUUUGUCAGUUUAGACCAACGUAAAAAUUCAUUCAUUUAAUUUGCUUUCUUCCUUUUUUCUUUUUUUUUUUGAUUUUCCUUUACGGCCGUCUCUAAUCUUAACUUCUCUCAAGACUGGUAUAAAAAAAGAAAAGAUUAUUCGUUAGAAUAGGAUAUAAAUAUAAUACUUACAAAUAUACAGAAAGUAUAUAACAUUUAUAUAAUGAUUUUCUCAUUACAUUUUUUUUAAACUCUUGACGUUUUACACACAACUCGGCAAAAAUAAAUAAGAAGAAAGUAGAUUGCAGAAUUCGUGAUUCUUCGGAAUAAGAUCGUUAGAAUUUCGUAAAUACAUAUGCGUCUAUAGACAUAUAUAUGUAUGUAUAUAUGUAUGUAUAUAUAUAUCUAUAUACAUAUGUAUGUAUAUAUGUAUGUAUAUAUAUAUCUAUAUACAUAUGUAUGUAUAUAUGUAUGUAUAUAUAUAUCUAUAUACACAUAUACGUGAUAGCGGUGAGUAUAAUUAUAACACUGAUACAUAUAUGUAUAAAUUAAGACGAUUUUACGGAUCAUCCUUCAUAUACGGUCGGAAUGUCGUUUCUAUUCAAAAGGAUUUUCUUUGAGAUUUCUUAGUAACACGAUGGUUGCAUGGGUUAUACAAAUAUUUUCUAUUACUUCUAUUUGAUUUCACGUCUCUCUCCUAGUAUAUCGUACAUCCACACGAAAAGCAUUUCCUUUAAAUUCUUGCCCAUUUUUAUUUUGAUAACAUUAUAUUCACUUUUACAAAUAUAUAUAUAUAUAUAUAUAUAUAUAUAUAUGUAUGUAUGUAUAUAUGUAUAUAUAUAUAUAUAUGUACACACAUUACAUAUUUGAGAUAUUAAUACAUGCGCUUAUAUAUCAUUGAUGUAUACAUAUGUAAUUUAAUUACAAAAAAGGAAACGUACGAACUUCUACGAAUCUCUAUUAUUAUUAUUAUUAUUAUUUUAUUAUUAUUAUUAUUAUUAUUAUUAUUAUUAUUAUUACUACUACUACUAUUACUAUUACUAUUACUAUUAUUAUUAUUAUUAUUAUUAUUAUUAUUAUUAAUAUUAUUAUUAUUACUUUUAUUAUUAUUACUAUUACUAUUAUUAUUAUUAUCAUUAUUUUUAUUUCUUUUUUGAUUUAUUAAACUAAAGAUAGAAAAGUAAUAAAAACUUAUAGUGUGUUACUAUUGUUGAUUUGCGCGUGUUAUAUGAAAGUUUGUCUAUCAUGCGAUAAAGCUCAUGAAAGUACUGCAUAUAUAUUAUUAUCUAACUUAAGUGAAAGAGAAACGAUGACUUCUAUUUAACUCAAUCGUAAUCUUAAGCGAUUAUAUUGCGAAUUGUUGUCGCAAUUUAAUCAUAUACAUAUAAUGAAAUUCUUCCGCUCUUCGCGUCAUUAGUUUUUUUCUCUUCUACGUUCAGUCAAUAUAUAUAUAUAUAUAUAUAUAUAUAUAUAUAUAUAUAUAUAUGUAUAUGGAUAUACAUACACAGACAACAUCAACAAAAACUUUUGUAAUAACGUUCACACACGACUGAUAAAACUUAAGAUUGUGCAACCAAUUACAAAAAUUAGAAUUUUCGAUUUCUUUUUGUGCAGUACUGAUUUAUUAUUGUUAUAUUGAUACAUACGCGCACACACAUACAUACACACACACACAAACAACAAAAGAAAAUGAAAGAAUUGAUAGUAGUCACCAUUGAUAAUCUAUUCCGUUAUAAACCCUUUUGCUACCGAACGAAAUAUAUAACUUUCGAGACGAUUCACACGUUACACUUUAAUAUACCAAACCUAUUAUAGUAUGUAGUAUUACACUAAACUCUUAACAGUACCAAAAAGAUAUAUUUAUUGGAUUAAAAAUAUGUAAUCAUAUAUAUGUAAUGUUGAAGUAGCAAAAAGGUUUGAGAGAAUUCAUGCGUUUAUCCAUCUGUGAUGAUAAAAAAAAAAAAAAUAAAAAAAAAAAAUAAAAAGAAAAAAAAAAAAAAAAAAAAAAAAAAAACGAGAAAAAUAAAUCGUCGCGUAAGAUGUCGAUAUUAUAUAUAUAUAUAUAUACAUAUGUGUGUAUGUACAUAUACAUAUACCCACCUAUAAAAUCUCAUUUUUUAAUCGAUUUACAUAAAUAUCAUCGAAAUUUUACGUGACCCAAGAAAAAAAGUAAAUCAAUAUUUCGGACGAAUAAUUGAAAAAUUCCAACGUUUUGUCAAUUUAUAUAAAAUGCUAUUACGUUUGUUAAUCUUCGGCAAUUGUAUAAUAGCCGUCCAUAUUUUAUUGUCAACUAUCAUAGUUUAAAUAUUAUGUUGUUACAUGUGAUUAAACCCAUUGGGGAAAACGGUUGUAAUGCCGAGGAUAAAAAUAAAAUAUAGGCGACACUACUAUUUAGAUAAAGAAUAUUGAGAUUAUUUAAUAUGUCUUGAAAUAUUGUUUUUAAUUAUGCUCUUACUAUUAUUCGAAUAUAUAAGGACUUGAAUUGCAUAUAAUACUGAAGACUCGGAUAUUCGUAAACCCCAAACAACAGUGUUUUCAUCGUCACGAAUAAUUUCGAUGUGAUUUUUGUCCGAAUCGAUGAAAACAAUUAAACGAAAUUAGAUAUAUGUAUGAAACAAUUGAUGAAUUGAGAAAAAAAUUACAAGAAAAAGAAAAAAAAAAUUUUAGUAGAUAGAUAGAUAGAUAGAUCGAUAGAUAGAUAGAUAGAUAGAGAGAGAAAGAGAGAGAGAGAGAGAGAGAGAGAGAGAGAGUUUCGUGGCGCACGCGUAAUGGUGCAUCGUCUCCUCUACAGCCGUUCAUAAUACUUCUU